AUGGGUGAUACUCAGGAACAAAAAAAAUUGAAUCAUGAUCUACCUGUUUCAACCUCCCUUGAGCCUUGGGUUUCAAACGAAAUAGACAGAAGAAUUGGUGCAUUUUUUGCUCGCGAAGCAGGUUUUACCAGCGUUACCCCCUCUGCAUAUGAAGCGUUAGGGAAUUUACUUGGCUUAUACCUUGGCAAUAUUAUCAAAACUUCACGAGCUUAUGCCGAGCUUGCGUGUAGAGCGCAACCAAAUAUUAAUGAUGUGGAAAAAAGUCUUAAAGAUUGGAGCGUCAGAACGGGUGCGCUUGAAGAUCAUAUGGAAAAGUGUCGAGCGAAGGAAAGUUAUCACGCUUUUGCUUCAAAAUUCUUAUCAUCAUUACAGCCUACGUCAUCAGCUAUAGAAUCAUCGACUGUAUUCGUACCCGAAGACAUAAUAUUGGAAGGUGAAGAGGAGAGCUUCGACGGAUCACAUAAUAACAAACGACAGAGAAAUUCAUUUACGUCAUCGACUCAUACAUUUCGGCCGAAUUACGUACCAUUGUAUAUGCCUCCUUUCCCAAGCAAACAUUCUUAUAAAAAAACGCCAGUUUACCCGAAGCGGCAUGAAAAUGAUCCUGUAAAAUUUCGAGAAUCGAGUUUAACUCAGGUGAAAUUGGUAGAGAAAAGCCUGCGACGACUGGCAGAAUAUCACGAGGAUCCAAUGGAUCAAACCAUUAUUCAAUUGAGUAUUCCGGAUUCACCGUCUUCAUCUUCGACCGUUGUAUCUGCUAACUCUUCACCUUCAGAUUACGACAAAUCAUCUAUAUCCACGUCGAUUUCAACUUUUGAUUCGGCGAUUUUGCAUGCAAGCACUGACAAAAGUAAUCCCAUAACAUUGAACAAAUCUAUUAAUAAUAGUCUUAAAAAACGAAAGAAUGUUCAAGCAUCUUGGGAAGAGUUGAAUGAUUAA